AUGCGCUGCCUACUUCUUCUGGUCGUUCUUUCCACAGCCUGCUUGGCGUUCAUGAUUCCUCCGGCACGAAACAGUGUGGUUGAGUGUUUGAUGUGUGAGAAGGCUGUACGCACUGCUGCUCCAGAACUUGGAAAAGAUGCGGAAACAAUUGAGAAAGGACUUUCGACGAAGAUUGCAAGAAGGACCUCAAGAUUCCCAAUGGCCGGCAAGGAAUGCGAGAAGUAUAUAAACGAGCAUCUGGAUCCCGUCAUCAAAGAGCUCGAGUCUGGAACAGCUCCCAAAGACGUCUGCAAGAAAUUGCACGGCUGUUGA